AUGGAGCAGACGGCACGUUUCGAGGGCCUCUUUGCCGCGACUCUCACGCCAUUUGACGAAAACGGCCACGCCUCCACUCGCCUCACAAAGGAGUAUGGAGAGCGGCUGGUGCGAGAAGGAGUGACGGGUGUGUUCUGCUGCGGCACGUCGGGCGAAAGCAUGAGCCUCACCCUACCCGAGCGCAAGGCUGCCCUCGAGGCUUGGCUCACUACGCCUCUUCGCGUCAUAGUCCACAUCGGCACUGCCAGCUUGGAGCAGACAAAGGAGUUGGCUGCUCAUGCUGAAAAGGCGGGUGCUCACGGCAUCGCCCUCAUGCCCCCCUUCUUCUUCAAGCCUCGCAACGUUGAGGAACUGGUGUCGUACUGCGAGUCGGUGGCCGAGGCUGCGCCACACACGCCCCUGUUCUACUAUCACUUCCCUGGUAUGGUGGGUGUCAACAUUCCGCUCUACGACUUCUUCGCUGCGGCCAGCAGCCGCAUCCCCACUCUUCAAGGCGCCAAGUUCACCGACUCGCAGCUGGGCGACUUCUUCCGGGCUCUCUGCUUCGCCGACCGCAAGUACGACGUGAUGCAGGGCUACGAGUUUUCGUAUCUGCCGUGCCUGGUGCUGGGCGCCAAGGGCUACGUCGGGGUGUCCUUCUCCCUCUGCGCUCCGGUCUACCACCGCCUCGACAAGGCCUUCCACGAGGGCGACUUCGCCACCGCGCAGCGCCUCCAGCUCGCCGUGUCCGAUUUCCUGACCACAGUCCUUAACUACAGCAUGAUCCCCGCUGUCAAGGCGCUCGCGAAGGAGUGGACUGGCCUGGACUUUGGCGGCGUGAGGAAGCCGCUGGUGUCCCUUACGGACGCUGAGCGGACCAAGCUCCUGAACGAGCCCAGCGUCAAGACCAUGCACGCCCUCGUCCUCGAGCACCAGCCCAAGCAGUGA